AGAUGACACAUCGUCCACUUCCUGUAGCUGGAGCCACCAGCUGAGUUCCUCAUUUGGGGCUUGGUUGAGUUGGGCUUCGGGGUGUUGGUGGCAGCGCUGAGGGGCCCCUGGCUGCCCCCAUCAUGGCAUCUGCUCGCACUGUCCUCUUCCUCAGCUGCUGGCUGGCCAGGCACAGCGGGGUGUGGGGAGGGCAUGAAUUUCUCAAACCCACCAUCUGGGUGAGCCCCAGCAGAGUGGUGGCGCUCGGGGGAAGUGUCACCAUCCGCUGUGAGGGUUUGUACUCGGACAUGGAGUUCUUUCUGCGUAAAGCUGGACAACCGAACCCGCAGAGGCAGACGGUGCCUGAUGGGACCGUGGCUGAAUUUCCCAUUGCUAAUGUCAGUUGGGAAGAUGGAGGGAGCUACACCUGCGACUAUCGCUCCAUAACGGAUCAGAGUCGCUGGUCGUAUCUCAGUGACCCUGUCGAGAUCAUUGUAGGAGAGCCCAGCUACCCCAAACCCAGCAUCUCUCUGAGCCCCAGCGGGGGGGUCUCCCUGGGGGGAGCCGUGACCGUCUGGUGUCGGGGGCAGCGCUGGGGCGUGCGGUUCAUGCUGAAUAAAGAGGGACGCCAUUUCCCACCUGUGGAUUCGGACGACAUCGAGGCUGUGUUUCCCAUCAGCAACGUGAGCCGGGAGGACGGGGGGAGCUAUAGCUGCUCCUAUCGCAGCAGAUGGGAGCCGUUCGCCGUGUCGUACCCCAGCGACCCCGUGCAGCUGGUGGUGAGAGGUGAGGGGCUCGGCUCAGCCUCCCCGUUCCCAGCCCCACCCCCAGCCAGACCCUCACAGGGGCUCCGUGCCAAUGGGACACCCAGAGCCAGGGGCGGCUCUAGGCACCAGCAAAGCAA